CCCCGCCCCUCCCCAAAAAAAACAACAGUGGAAGCGUCCAUACCCUCCGGAGCAGCAGCUGUAGGUCCGGGCGGAAUCUCAGCCUACAACAAUGAGCGAGUCACUGGUAGUAUGUGAUGUGGACGAAGAUCUGGUUCAAAAGCUGAGGGAGUUCCGGUUCCGGAAGCAGACCAACAACGCUGCCGUCAUCAUGAAGAUCGAUAAAGACAAGCAGCUUGUCAUUCUGGACGAGGAACAUGAGGAUAUUUCUCCUGAUGAACUUAAGGAUGAACUGCCUGAAAGACAGCCAAGAUUUGUCGUCUACAGCUACAAGUACCAGCAUGAUGAUGGACGCGUCUCCUAUCCCCUCUGCUUCAUUUUCUCAAGUCCAGUGGGAUGCAAACCAGAGCAGCAGAUGAUGUAUGCAGGAAGCAAAAACAAACUGGUGCAAACUGUGGAACUGACCAAGGUGUUUGAGAUUAGAAACACCGAGGACCUAACGGAGGAAUGGCUGAGGGAGAAACUAGGCUUUUUCCGCUAAAGACAUCUCACCGUGCCGGGUAAGAUGUCCGGAGGGAGGAUGAAGAUUGCACAGCCUGUGCGGUCUGUUGGGGCGAACCCCCACCACAGUUCAUGUUUUCCUCCUCCUUUUACCAGACCUGCAUCAAAUAGUGUUUAGAAAUACUUAAUUAUGGUUUGUUUUGGGUUACUUAGGUGCCUGAUGGGUGAAGUAUGCCCCACAUGACAGUUCAAUAUUGGGAACAUUUUUAACCACAAACGCAGAACAAAACGUAAUAGCUGCUGUGAAAACCAGCAAGUUUUGGCUGAAAAGAAAACCCAGGUGUUCACGUUUACAGCAUAUAUGAAAGAUACGGUGGAAAUCCAUUUCGUCAACCCAAAGUUGGCCACAUCAGUUCAAUCUGAUGAUUAUGAUGAUGACGAUGAUGAGAGAGAAGUGCCGGACAAUCACAGAAAUGUAUUUGAAACUAACUUGGCACACUUUUCUUUGGUGUGCAGCACAAUUACCUAAAACCAUAUUGUACCGAUUAGGUAAAACGCCACCCAUGUGAUACACCUAGCAAGUUAAAACAACCGCUAAGAAUUAUUUGGUCGAUACUAAUUCAUGCAAGUCUGCUCUGUACCUCCCAUACAAUCUCUCCAUGUGCCAGUUUUGUGUCUGUACUGAACUAAUAUUCCUAUAACUAUCGAAGUGGAACAAAAAUUUUUUUUUAAAACGUGUCCACCCUCAUGUAAUGCGUUAAGGAGAAAUCAAAAAGGCAUUGUAACAUCGGCUUCUGUUAAUAUUUCCUCCAGUAAUUUACACAGUUUGUUUUGCGCUACGAUAAAACUCUGCAUUCCAUUUUUUAUUUUUUUCUUUCAAAAUUAAACUCAAACCUCGUUUAGCUGAUUAUUUAACGAGGGAGCAGUACUUUUAGGAAUUUAUAUUUUUUAGGAAUCAAAGUUUAGUGUCUAGGGUUAUGGAGAAAUAUAUAUAUAAAUAUACUGUAGCAUCUAUCUAAUUGUGUUCUUAACAAUUACCGAACAAUCAUAAGCUCAACUCAAAGACCAGUGUACAUUUCUGUCACACAAGUCUCUUAACUCAGUAUUCCUACAUGGGGCCAUUUUAUUCGGGUCACAAACAUGUGAUCACUACAGAGAUGCUAGCGCUAAACUGACAACUGGCAUUCCGGAUUAGGAUGUCGUAUUGCAGCGCGUCGUGCAGACGUACACACAGUAAACGCAUGCUGGAGCUGGUAGAACCCGGCGGUGUGUUAGAUAACCGCGCAGCUCCUUCCAGGCGGACGGUGCUCUCUACUCGCAUCCUGCUGAGAGGUCCCUUGUUAGACGGCUAGCCGGUGACACCGAGUCCCAGUUUCGUCUUUGGAUUCGAGGUUGAAAUGGCAGUGAGGUAAAACUGUGCUGUAUCUGUACCUUUUUUUUUUAGAGUGGGUUUUUUUUAUAUUCCUGGAUUUAUAAUAAUAAUACCCCUGGUGAUGAUUUUACCACUGAAACGUUUCUGAAAGAUUCCCCCCCCCCCCCAAAGCAACAACUGACAAACAACCUCCGCCUUGCAAACGUGACAGUUUUUGAAGUAACUCCACACAGGGUGGCGUCACCAGCCCACCUUUUACUUUACUAAAGCGGUGACUGACUGUACCAUAUGAGAGAUUGUUGGCUAUUAUAGUGCAUUAUUGCUAUUCAUAUCUGUGAAUGUCGUGCUGAUUUUUAUGUAUGCGGUUUGAUUGCGGUAGUGGUUGUUUUUACCCUUCGGGCACGUGGUUUUUCAUGACGGUACACAUGACGUCUCAUAAUGCCAGUUGUGCUUAAAUUUUAGACUUGGUGACAAAAGAGAACCCAGUUCUCCAGUUCUAUGUACCCAGUGUACCUUCUCCAACCAGGCCAGUCUCUUGAGCUGAUCACAUUGGUCAAGGUUGGUGACGGGGUCUCCGUAUCAGUUGAUGCGAUUUGAAAAAGGCGGGCCCGAGCAAAGACCGGAUGGUCUGAUCACAGCUUCAGAGAUUGCUCUCAAUGGACUAGGUGAGAAGGUGAUGGGGGGGAGGGGGUAGAAUCGGGUUCGCUGAAUUAGGUAUCUCAGGAAUCGGGGACAAUUUAUCGUCAUUUCUUUCAUGUACUUGCGUUAUACAGAAGAAACGAAAUUCCGUAUCCCCCGGCCCGCAGCAGUGCGACACAAAAGACAAAAACACAUACCCAAAAUUCCCCAAAACGACACCACCAAAAACAUACAAAAUCAGAGAGAACAAAGCACACAAAAAAACACGAACAGUUAACAACACAGUCCACUCAGUGCAACACAGUCCAAAAAUUCCACGGUCCAGGAGAACGAACGCCAGCCAGGAUGACUGUCAGAACUGCCAGUCUGCAUGGGCUAGCAGUUAGCUUAGCCUGCCCCGCUUCCGCGUCCUGUCAGACCGCCCUCGGUGUUUCCUCCUUGGCCGCAGGUCCGGCAGGGCUGUGGUCCUUGGGCCACCAGAUUCAGCAGACCAGCCUCCCCCAGCCGAACCAAUGCCAGCUCUCCCAAAAUAUCUUAAAAUAUCUGAAAAUGUCUUCUCUUAGGAGGGAAGUCUUACUGUGAGCUGCAAGCUAUCUGUUAGCUCGGAGAUUGCGCUACUUAUCUUGGUGCCAGGUCUGCCAGAUAGUCCCGUAAACCUGCAAAUUGGACCAUCCACUUCUUGGCUAGACUCGUCUUUCUGAAAUCGUUCUCAGUAAGAGGGAAACUAGACCCCCGUCUUUGACAUAAUUUCAAACACAUUCAAUGUUUUUGACCUGUGAGAUUGCUCGGGCUCUCAAGGCUGGAUUUCACCUGUAACGAUGACACAAUUUCAAGACCCCCCCACCUGUUGCCCAGCGUGAUCAGUGUUGUGUCAUCUGGAGACGACACCUACAUAAGAACAGAUAAGUGAGGGUUAAUUGUGGCAGAUUUGAGGCCAGUAGGGAGGGAAAAGCCACGUUAAGCAUAAUGUUCUGUUGUUAAGUCUGUUUUACCGAUGCCUUUUCUUAAAUGUUUUUGUCAUAUUUUGUCUCAUUUGAAAAAUCGUUAGCCAAAAUGGACAAAAGGAAUUGUGUAUCUCAGUUUAUCUCCUCUAACGACAUACCGGUGAGCAGAGGAUGCCUGAAACAGCUUUUGAUGGUCAAAACUAUUUUUUUGAUGUGAAGCAACUCAUGGACAUGGUAAAGAAACCAGUCACUCAUUCUCACACGUUCAUAGUCACACACAGCCAGUCCAUGUCUGCAGGGGGGAGGAAAAAUCAAUCGACAGCAAAGUUAAGAUGUGUCUAGAGAGGCUUGAGAGAUGUCAAUGAAAACAAUUUUGAGUAGAACAUAAAAAUGAACAGCUUGGUUGUUCAGCCACCCGUGGCUCCCCCUCUGAUGGAUCGUACCAUUCUUCCUUUCAUUUAGUGCUGCUUGCAGCUUUUUGUCAGUUUCAUGCCCGUUGACACAGAAAAAGACUGUCUGUCCACUGGAGACCUCUUUCAAAGAAACGUCGUAACGCUGGACCUGAGCACUUGCAUAGCACUUUGUGUGGAAAGCAGGUGCCGAGUUCUGGGACGAGAUGCUCGGUAGUUGCCGCACAAUAAGUUUGGCUGUAAACCUUCCUUCAGCUUCCUUUUAUGAUAACACGCAAGUAAAAUGUCGCAUAAAUGGGGAUUUUUCUGGUGUCGACGCUACAAAUUUGAACCCUUUUCACCAGAAAGAGAACCAGAAGUGGCAUUGAUAAGCUAGCUAGGCGAAGGAGAUGUGGCGGUGCGCUCAAGGCUAGAGGCUCAAAAAAGAGGUCAGGUCCUUCCAGUCGGAUCAAGAGCAUUCAAAUUGCGACCUUUCUGUUGAAAACAACACAAAAAUACUUUUUUUUUUUUUACAGCUCCAGUGGAUACGUGACUUAAAUCUACUGAACCUAAAUUCACCAAGUCCUCUGGACUCUUAACAGUAGUGCUUCACAUCUAUGACUGUGCCCUUGUUUGUCGAGAGGCUCCUUUUGUAUAGGCCACAGACAAAACAUGGAAAAAGGACUUUUGAUCUGUCAUGUCAGAGCAGGUUCGCCUUCUUUUGUCCUGUAUUUUUCAAAAUCUGAAUAUAAUUCAAGGUAUGGGGAGAUAACCGAAGCAGUUUGACUGAAAUAAGUCACUGAAGAUGUACGCACAACACUAGCUUUUCAUGUAAACCAUGCACUGGUAUCAAACUUUGUGCUUAAGAUGUUGAUAUUGUGUGUUUUACAUGUAAGUAUAAGGCUUUGCUCAUCAAGAAUUGAUGGGAUGUAACUGUUAAUCCCCUGUCUGGUAUCUACUGAUGGAAUAAAGGCGUUGGUUUCUAGCCACGCCAACUUCUCAUUACCUAUUGCUGUUCCCACACAGGGAGGUGGGAGUGUGUACCUCCAGCCUGAGUGACUUUUCUUGUUCGAGAUUCUCACGUGUUUACUUGAACCGAAGGUUGACUCAAUCCUUCACUGAUGGAGCAAGUUUUAGGAGCUAUGAAACAUUUUUUAAAACCCCAGUAAACUCGUCAAAAUAUUUGGGAUUUAGUCCAUAAAUGAGGCUAGGCCCCCCGCCUCCCUAAAAUUAUUUUUUUUACAAGUUUACUUGUAAAAGAUACAAUUUGAUCCGACCGAAGAGAUGUAGCCUAACUUUCUCAACAGUCUUUGCAUGUAAUUUGAAUGAACUGCAAUGUAGUGGUCUCAGUGCGAAUACAAAAUUACUUAAGAUGUUCUGUUUUUUUUUUCACGAGGAAAUUCUAAGUGCAUGUUGUGUGUUUGUGUCUGAACAGUCUGCAUAAACCUUAAAAGGUAUCCCAGCAAUGAUUUCAGCAUUUUGUGAUUAGGAGCCAUGCAUGUUCUCUUCCCACUGAGGUGAAGAUAUUGGAUAUUAUCGGUGUGAUUUGACUGCUUGGGUGCAAGCAGCAGCUGCAGACAGUUUAUUUGCACAUACUUUCCUCUAUUAUGAUUCCUUAAUAAACAAACUUGACAAAUAUUCCCCACGUAGAUCUAAGAGGUGCGUUUUAAAUAUCUUGUUCCUUUGUGGUUGUGAGCCAUGGGGGGUUAUUGUCCUGUGGAUCUGUUGACUUUUCCUUACAAAAUAACUUUUCCUACGUGGUGAACUUGUAUAUUUGGCCUCUCUCGAUCUUAUUUCAUUCGUAACGUAUUUGUCAACUCGCCUCAUGUUCUCUUUAGUUAAAUGCCUGUUCUUUUUCCUUUUCUUUUUAAUAAAACUGCACCUGAAGUAUGCAACAUAACCAGCUGUCUCAUGGCAUCAAUGAAACGUGAGAUAUUUGUAUUUUUCCAUACUUUAUACAACGUCUAAUAAUGUCCCAAUAAAAUGACAGUGAUGUUUAAA